AUGAGCGAGUCAAAAUCCAAGCAAGGCAAAAAGUCGCCAAGGGGAAACAGUAGUCUUCAAAAAGGACAACGGAAGCAUAAAUAUUCCAAAGAUAAGAAACUCAACUCAAAAUUACAAAGGAUAGAUAAUCAAUAUAAGGAUGCCUUGAAAUCUGCAGCAGGAACUGACUACCUUUUACAGGAAGAAACGGGGUUCUUGGAAGCCGAAACCCCCAUGGAGAAGACUUUCAAGUUUAAGCAAGAUGAGAUCGUAAAAGCAGUGGACUCCAGUACUGCGAACAAGAAAUUUGAACUUAAGCUUCCCGAGUUUGGUCCUUAUCAGAUUGAUUUUUCAAGGAAUGGUCGUGAUCUACUUCUUGGUGGAAGAAAAGGGCACGUUGCAUCUAUUGACUGGAAGUCGGGAGUGUUGGGCUGUGAACUACACCUCAAUGAGACUGUAAAUGCGGUGAAAUAUUUGCACAAUGAUCAAUAUUUUGCAGUGGCACAAAAGAAAUACACCUUCAUUUAUGAUAAGGAAGGUACAGAACUUCACCGGCUCAAGCAACACAUUGAAGCGACCUUAUUGGACUUUUUGCCGUAUCACUUUCUUUUAGUGACAGCGGGGCAUACGGGGUUUUUGAAAUACCAUGAUGUCUCUACCGGUGAAUUGGUUAGUGAGAUUAGAACGAAGCUUGGUCCUACUCUAGCAAUGAAGCACAAUCCUUACAAUGCUGUCGAACAUUUGGGUCAUGGAAAUGGACAAGUCACUUUGUGGUCCCCCAAUGCACCAGAGCCCUUGGUGAAAAUACAAUCUGCUCGUGGGCCAAUUCGCGAUUUGGCAAUUGAUAGAGAGGGUAAAUAUAUGGCUGUCAGUGGAGCUGACAAGACGUUGAAGAUUUGGGAUAUACGAACUUUUAAGGAAGUUGAUCACUACUACACUCAAACGCCAGCCACGUCCUUGGACAUCUCUGAUACCGGGUUAUUAUCCGUUGGGUGGGGACCUCAUGUAACUAUAUGGAAAGAUGUUUUCAAAAAAUCACAUCAGGCUGAUCCAUAUAUGAACCAUUUAAUCCCUGGCUCGAAGGUUGAUAAAACCAAGUUUGUUCCAUUUGAAGAUAUUCUAGGUAUUGGCCAUCAGCAAGGAUACGGCUCGAUUAUAGUUCCUGGUGCUGGUGAAGCAAACUACGACGCAUUAGAGUUGAAUCCAUUCGAGACCACUAAGCAAAGACAAGAACAAGAAGUUAGGUCAUUACUCAACAAGCUUCCUUUCGAUUCGAUUGCGUUGGAUCCAAAUACCAUUGGAGCAGUUGAUAAACGAGCAAAAUCAAUUAGAUUGAAACCAGGAGAGAUCAGUGAGCUCAGUGAAACUUCAAAAGACACUACAAAUAAGAUGGAUAUAAAGCCAGAUGUUAAGGGUAAGAACUCUGCUUUAAGGAAACAUUUGAGGAGAAAGAGAGAAAACGUCAUUGACCAGAGGAAGAUGAGGAUUGAGAAGAAUUUGCGUAAUGAAAAGGAGGCAAGAUUAAGACGUCUGAAGUUGUUGCAAGGAGAAGAAGAAGAAAAGGAUGUAUUAGAUUCUGCAUUAUCUAGGUUUAAGUAG